CGCGGUUUAUUUCUCUUGUGCAAAUUUAUUCAUGGAAGUUUUACCGAAAAGUGCUGUGCUAACACAGUUAUUAAAAAGCGUUUCGGAAGAAAACGGAAUCAAAAAUCAUGUAGUCACAAAAGCCAAAACAAACAAAAAAGGCGAAGGCUACCUCGGAAACAUUUUUAUGGUCACUGUCAAGGAUAAGAACAGCAACAGAGAACUAGAAGUGGUAAUAAAGGCAGCUUAUUUCGACAUGAAGAUUAGAGCAAUGGCCCCAGUGAGACAAGCUUUUCAAAACGAGAUUUAUUUUUUUACAAAUGUGUUACCUGCGUUUGAAAAAUUUGCCAAAGAAUGUAGUGUGUCCCAAAAUAUUGAUUUUGCGCCAAAGUGUUUGAAAGUGGCCGUUGAAGAACCAGAAGAAAUAUUGGUUUUGGAAAAUUUACUGUCGUCGGGGUUUGAAGUUUUUGCAAAAAAGGCAGUUUUGGAUGAUCAGCAUGUUCGGUUAAUUUUUAAAACUUAUGGAAAGUUACAUGGUUAUUCUUUUGCGCUGCGUGAUCAAGAGCCGCAGGAAUUCAAAAGAAUUGCGGAAGGAGUUUGCAACAUGUAUGAGGGACUUAUUAAAAGUGACUUUUUUAGUGAUCAUUUGGUGGAAAUUAGUAAAUUAGUGCAAAAUACUUUUAUACCUGAAGAGGAUGCUGAAGUUAUGAAGAAAUACCAAAAAUAUAGUGGAAGAAAUAUUGUUAACACAUUCUACGAUUUAGUUACACAAGAAGAAUAUUAUUCGGUGAUUUUACACGGGGACUGUUGGAGCAAUAACAUGUUGUUUAAAUACGAGAACACUAUCAACAGUAGAACGCCCAUACGCAUGAAGUUAAUCGAUUGGCAGUUAAUGAUGGUUGGUAGUCCCGUCUGUGAUUUGUCAUAUUUUUUAUACUGUGGGUCAUCUAAAAAAAUGUUUGAUAAUUUAAAUGAGUAUCUUCACGUUUACUAUGAGAGUUUCUCGUCCACUUUAAAAAAAUUGGGAAGAAAUCCGAAGGCACUGUUUCCGUUUUCAGUUCUCAAGCAACACUGGCAAAAAUAUUCCAAAUGGGGCAUGAUCAUGGCAUGCGUGCUUCUAAAGCUCAAGUUGACUAAUGAUGACGACUGCUUAAAUUUAACCGAUGGUUAUGAUAUAAAUGAAAUGUCUGAAGUAUUUGCAAAUGUAAAGUUUGAUGAAGCAGACUUCGGUAAGAGAGUGAGAGAGAUUUUGUGGCACAUGUCUGAAAUUGAUGCGUUAUAAAGAAAUAGAUAUCAAGUAAUGUAUUUUUUCACUAGUGAGUUAAAUAAACAAUAUGCAAAUACUUUUACAUCUGUUGAUAUAGAGAAGAGUUCAGAAAUAUUUUAGAGAGUAAGGAAUAAAAUAUAGUGAAGGCCUUUAUCUAAGUUUAUUCAUAUAACUUUUGUUUGUGUCUUGAACAAAUAGUAUCUCUACGAGUUGUAGAA